AUGGCCUUCGAAUGGGAAACACUGACGGACAAAGAUUUUGGUUAUGUCUAUUUGCUUCAAGACAUACCCAAUAGGUUUGAUAAAUCAGUGAACGUAUACAAAGGCAAUAUAGGUUUAUUAGAAGCCAUUGGCGAACCAUGUGAACAUUCAAUAUAUCGUGCCGAGUGCCGCACCAAGAACGCCUUUCCUUCUAAUUUGAACACCUUUCACAUGACAUACAAAAGACGUGAGUUGUUUCUAAACUCUUACCUAACAAUCACAUUUCCAAUCUCUGUUCCAUCUUCAUCACAAUUAUACAACAUUCGAAUUCCAUAUUGA